AUGGAGUUGUUGACUCCUAAUCUAUUUGGUCGGGUUAUUAUGACGGAUCGUCAAAGAAAAACGGAUAAUAGGGUGGAUCCGGACAAUGAGUUAGCUAUGAAGGUGUCAUUAAGUGCUUGCGUUUGGACGACUUUUAUGGAUGAAGGGAAACACAUUUACCUAAAUACACUAUCGGUCCACUAUUGCAAUAGAGAAGUGCAAGUGGCGGUAUCCGGAGAGGACAGCGAGGGAUAUAUCCGAACGCCCGGGUAUCCGAACUUUUACGUUGGCGACGUGUGUCGGUGGCGCUUACGUGCGAGUCCAGAACAACAUAUACGCGUCACGCUCCUAGAUGUUAGUUUGAGAAGCGUAGGGCCGUUCGAAGACUCAUGCGUAGAUUACGUAUCGGUGCAAGAUUCAAAUGGUGACUCCAUGCUGUCAUCUUGUGAGCAAGUCGACUUGCCACUCAGAUUGACAGCUGCAACAAAUGUUGUGGAUGUGCUAGUUGAAGCAAAAUCCAAGGGUGCUUAUCCUAAAAGAGGGGUGUUGCUGCAUUAUAAAAGUAUUGGAUGCGUUACGCUGCCAGCGCCAUCUAACGGCUACCUAGUGUAUCGCAAUGAAGAGGUGGCGCACUACAUGUGUAAUGUAAACCACGUUUUCAUUGAUACUCGCCAGAGGGCGCGGUUGUUGUGGUGCUAUGAUGACAAUAGAUGGAAUGACACAGUGCCUUUCUGCAUCGACGAUUAUUCUGCGUUUGGUCUCCGCUGCGUUCGAGCGAUUGUUCCAAAUUCAAACGUUUGUCAUUCGCGCGUCAGGAAGACACGUGUUUUGAAGUGA